ACGCAACCAGUGAUAGCAUAGCAGUAUUACCUGCGUACGUUAUGUUCAUUCUCAUAUAGUUAACCCGAUGGUGUGUGGUGAAAUUUCUCCUUUCCAUGAGCGCGAUAUGACGUAGGUAAAGGAUAGUGUCAUCGGAAGAAGAAAGUGCCCAACAGUUGAAGGUUUUGUUGAAAUAAGACAUACCAUUCGGCAAUUCGUGGCUACUUUACCACGUAUUUCCAAUGUUAGUCUCAUCAACAAGCUUAACGAACAUUGUACAGACCUGCUAACAGUUAUCGCAUUCACGAAAAUGUGGCCAUUGAAACGGGUGCUAAAAUACGGAUUUGUGGGAGGUUCGCUAUUAGGGACAGCUGUUAGUUUGCACGCGAACGACUAUGACCUCAACUCGAUCGGUAUCGUUCGAUUGGGUCGGGCAGGCGUGACCGUAUUCAACAUAGCCACCGUGUAUAGGAACAAUUUGUACAAACGUGAAUGGCCCGAUAAAAAUGAUCCCGAAUAUCGCAAAUUGAAGAGCGCAACGCAUUUGCAGGCCGCGGAGAAACUGUUGGAACUGUGCCGGACGAAUAGGGGUGUAUAUAUAAAGGUGGGGCAGCACAUCGGAGCGCUGGAAUAUUUGCUCCCACACGAGUAUGUCAGCACGAUGAAGAUUUUGCACAGUAAUGCACCCCAGAACCCGAUCGAAGACCUCUACAAGGUGAUACGCCAGGAUUUGAAGGUGAACCCAGAUGAUAUCUUCUCAUCGUUCGACCCCGAACCGUUGGGAACGGCAUCACUGGCCCAGGUGCAUAGGGCAACACUGAAGGAUGGCACUGAGGUCGCCGUCAAGGUGCAGCAUCCUUACGUGCGAGGAAACUCUAGGGUGGAUACUAAAACCAUGGAAGUCAUGGUGAAGCUUGUUUCGUGGGCCUUCCCGGAUUUCAAGUUUCAGUGGCUGGUGAACGAAACGAAGCGCAACUUGCCAAUUGAGAUGGAUUUUGAACAUGAGGGUCACAAUGCGGAAAAAGUAGCCGCGAUGUUCAAGGAGUAUCGAUGGUUGAAGAUUCCCAAGAUAUACUGGGAAUAUAGCACCUCUCGGGUGCUGACGAUGGAAUUCGUGAAAGGUGGCCAAGUCAACGAUUUGGAGUAUAUCCAGAAAGAGAAGCUGGAUCCGUACGAUAUAGCCAACAAGAUAGGGCAGCUGUAUGCGAACAUGAUUUUUCUGAAAGGUUUUGUCCACAGUGAUCCACAUCCGGGCAAUAUUCUCGUUAGGAAAAGCGAUAAAGGUGACACGGAAGUGAUACUGCUCGAUCACGGAUUGUACGCCGAUUUGACGGAGAAGUUUCGAUACGAGUAUUCCAAACUAUGGCUCAGCAUUCUAAAGGUAGAUCAGCACGGUAUGAGGAAGCAUGCGCACGCCCUUGGUGUCGAGGGUCGCAUGUGGGGAUUGUUUGCAUGCAUGGUUACCGGAAGACCGUGGAAUUCGGUUGUAAGUGGGAUUGACAGGGUCAAACAGGACGACACCGAGAAAGAGUUGAUGCAGAAGGAAGGAAAAAUGGUCAUACCGCACAUCUCGGAAGUUUUGGAGAAAGUUGACCGACAGAUGUUGCUGGUGCUGAAGACGAACGAUCUCAUUCGAGGCAUCGAGACUACCCUGAAAACCCAAAAUCGUAUGACAGCCUUCUGGGUGAUGAGCAAGUGCUGCAUCAAAAGUGUUGGCAAUCAGGAAUAUCUGGAAGCAACCGACCCCUGGCGCAAACUCUCGACCUGUUUGCGAGAGAAUUGGGCGAUUUUGAAAUUGAACUUAUACUACCUUUACCGAGGGCUGGUGAGUUUGUAUUUCUUGUCCGCAUUGAAGAUGAUUUUCUAGCCAGAUGAAGUGUUAACGGAAGUAAAAAUUGCGAAUCUUCAAUGUUACGGGUGUUCGAGUGAGUAAGCGUUACGAUUAGAGCGGUCUGAUGCUUCGUACUCUAGUAGAUUUCCGACAUAAAGUUAGAGUUGAUGUGAAUAUUUUUGUUAUAAAAAAGUAUGUAUAACACACUGGGAUGAUGUUACUGUGUAUUUAUUUGUCCAAGAGAAAUUCAAAAACUUUUUAUUUCA